AUGGAGCUAUCACUUUAUUUGUACCUCUAUUACAGAAGCAUUUACGCAGAGGAGCUGUUUCGAAGCGUCCGCAGAUUCAGCGUGAUCGUUAAAGAAUGUAUUUCGCCAGAAGUGCGGGACUACGUCAACCAAGCAUUGAAACCUGCGGAAGAACUCAUUCAAAAUGGACAAUUGCGGGGAGUUCACUGCGUCAUUUCGACAUCUGAUGGGAUGGAAAUAGAACGGCUCUGCUUUGAUCUCAAGGAUCCAAAAGAUCUGGAAGGGCAAACAAGCAGCUUCUUUCAGCACGCCAGAUCUCAUGAAAUGGAGAAGUACUACCAAAUAUUUCUGAAAAAGAUCCAAGGGGAGGAAGAAAUCAGAAAUGUCUACGCUGAAGCGAGUUAUCAUUUCACUCGUUUGUUGUCAACCCUUGCUUUGCUGAGAGAUUUACCGGAGCAGCACAACUGGCAUUUGGAAUACAAAGUAAAGGGAAAAGAUGAUUAUCUGAAGAUUUCAGAUGAGAGUGGCCGAUCAUUAGUACCAGUUGCUUCCAGAAAACGCGAAAAUGAAGCAAUUAAACCGAUUUCUUCAAACUUUUAUGGAUUUAUUCAAAUGGAGUCCUGUGUUUGUCUAAAACCCCUUAUGUAA